GCUCACGCUGGGUUUACACCUGUCCGGCAGCGAACGAGACCUGCUGCUGCUGCGCAGAGCUGCACAGGUGUGUUAUAAUCAUAGCAGCAAACCAGCAAAACGCAAAGAACUUUGGACAGCUUGGAUGCAGCUGAAGAUGUUACGCGCAGCAGGUGUGUGUGUUGUGCACACACUCCUAGAUGUUGUCGGCCCAUUGACCUUUUCCACAACUUCCUCCAGGCCUCGUUUUGCUCAGCACCAGAAAACAUCCCAUUCUACCCCUCAAGUAGCAGAGCCCAUCCCCUUUUUUCCCACACUCCCUUGGAGCAAAUAAUACUUCUCUCUUUCUUUUCUUUUUUUUUUUUUUCUAGUAACUUUUCUUACAAAAAGUGGAGCACUGAGGCUGAGACAGCAGAAGGUGCUGCUGUUCUCCCACUGACGGAACACCAAGAAAGAAAACCCAAAGAAGCCCUAAAAAGUUUACACUCCUCCGCGGUCCAAUUCCAGUGUCUCGUUUCGAGGAGCGUCCUCAGAAAGGAGAGAAGGGAGAAAGAAAGAAUAUUUCCCUUUUUUUAUUAUUUAUUUUUUUAAAUCAUCAUCGUUAUCGUUUGUUUGCACUUUUCUGGGAGUUCCCAGCGAUGUCUCUGAGAGGUGAUGUUUGCGUGGUGACGGGAGCCUGUGGAUUCCUGGGGAAGAGGCUCGUCCAGCUGCUUCUGGAAGAGGAGAAAGCGUCCGAGAUCCGGCUGCUGGACAGAGACGUGCAGAAGCAGGUUUUGGAGAGUCUGGAAGACUGCAGAGGCGAGACAACGCUGAGCGUCUUCGAGGGCGACAUCAGAGACGGGGAUUUCUUGAAAAAAGCCUUGCGUGGCGCAUCGACCGUCUUCCACAUCGCUUCCCUCAUCGACGUUACCGAGUCCAUGGAGUACAGCGAGAUGUACGGAGUCAACGUCAAAGGAACUCAGCUGCUUUUGGAGGCGUGUAUCCAAGAGAACGUGGCCUCUUUCAUCUACACCAGCACGGUGGAAGUGAUGGGCCCAAACCCCCGAGGGGAGCCGAUAAUCAACGGCACCGAGGACACGGUUUACGACACCACCCUGAAGUUCAACUACAGCAAGACCAAAAAGGAGGCAGAGGACAGAACCCUUCAGGCCAACGGCGAGACGCUCCUAAACGGAGGCCGCCUCUCCACCUGCGCCCUCAGGCCCACGUACAUCUACGGGGACGGCUGCCGCUUCCUGCUGUACCACAUGGGCGACGGCAUACGAAACAAGAACGUUCUCUUUCGCAUGUCCGUGCCGGAGGCCCACGUGAACCCGGUCUACGUGGGCAACGUGGCCUUCGCUCACCUCCAGGCAGCCCGUGGCCUUAAAGAUCCACUAAAAAGAAACGUGAUCGGAGGGAGGUUUUACUACCUCUCCGACGACACCCCACCUAUGAGUUACUCGGACUUCAAUCACGUUUUGAUGUCUCCCCUCGGCUUCAGCAUUCAGGACAAACUCGUGCUGCCGCUCCGCCUCUUCUACAUCCUGUGCUUCCUCCUGGAAGCGCUCUGCACGAUCCUGCGACCGUUUGUGCGCAUCGUGCCGCCGAUGAACCGGCAGCUGCUCACCUUGUUGAACACUUCGUUUACCUUCUCCUACGAGAAAGCCAAGAAGGACCUGGGCUACGUCCCCCGGUACAGCUGGGAGGAAGCGCGCAGACGCACCACCGAAUGGCUCGCCUCGCAGCUGCCAGCGGAGAGGGAAAAAAUCAUGUCCAGCUAAUAAAUUACGGUCUUAAAACUGGGAAAUACGUUCCAGAAUAACACACAUUUCACUCAGUGGCUGAAGCCGCAGUGUGAAGGAGCUGCUCAGAAAUAAAUGAAUUACAUCUGGCUUAUUUUAAACACGCAGUCACUCAAAUUAACUCACGCAAGGUCCUUCACCGUUAUUGGCACCCCUUGCAAAGAGGAAACCAAAAGCUUUAAAAUAGAUUGUGAAGGAGACUUGCUGACCCUAAAAAGCCACAUGCUUGAUUUAUUUUCUUCUCUCUGCUCUUUCUUUCGGUUUCUCUCUUUAGUACUUUCUCUAAAAUAAAUCAGUUCCACUUGUUUUAGCCAUUAGAUUGGUACCAAUCAUUGUGAAAAAGCAGUUGUAUUUUUUUUGCUGUUAAAUAAUGUUAACUUCAGUUCAAUCUAAUGUACAGUAAUAGUUGGGAGGAGAUUCACCACCGAUUAUAAGAAGUAUUUAUUUCCUAACUUGCCCCGGCGCUACUGUAUAAAAAUAACCAAAUUAAAAUGUGACAUUUUCAGGGUGAAUUAUCUUUCUGCACCAGGAAGGACGCCGUCUUUCACUAUGCGUUUGUAUCAAUAAAUACGUAUCGUUCUGCUUAAGUUGGGUAAAGAACGUCUCUGAGAAAUCGUGCGCUUAAAAACAGAGUUUUAUUCCAGAUGUCCGUCUAAUAAAAGUCACAGGGAAAAUUUGUUUUUCUCACGCCGCAUUUUCUGUUUUCCUCACCAAUUUGGUGUGGAGGUUUUUGUAAAAGUCGGACUUUGAGGGAUUUAUUGGUUGAUGCCACAAUGGAAUAAAUCAAUUUUCUCGUCACAAUGUGAUUUUUUUCUAUUUUUUUUAUUUUUAUUUUUUUGCUAUAUUGAGUUUAUUCGAACGUGUAAACUCGUGUUAAUUGUGUUACACUUAUACUGGAAAAAUAUUUACAGGGAAACAAUAACACAGCACGCCAUGAAGAUAUGAUUAUUAUUAAUCAAUAAAAUGAACCAUUUCAAUCAUAAGUAAAAUACAAACGGACAGUUGAAUUCAAAUAAUAAGCUUUCAGUUUUAUGAGUUGUGAUUGGUUGAUUUUUGACUGUAUUGUUUAAAUGAGAAAAUCAGAAAUAACUUUAAGAUUAUAGUUUGUAUUUGUGUAGAUUCCAAAAAUAUAUAUAUAUAAAAUAAAAUUUCUUUAAAAGAAAAUAUACAAAA